ACACACCAUAGCCACAAACUUCUGCAUCCGAGACAUGAGAAAAAAAGAGGAAUGAAGACACACACGCCAAAAGAAGAGACUGCAGGAGAGAAACAUAGAGUGCAAAGAAAGAAAGACAAAAAAAGAAAGUGACCAAGAGAGAAAGAGGAAAACAUAAAUCGCACAGCGAAGACAGAUACGAUAGAGAGACAAAAGCCUAGAUUUUUUAGAGAGAGAAAAGAGAAGCAGGAAAAGACACAGCAGACAGCUGUCGGACUGGUGAAUGAUGGAGGGAGACGUCAGAAAGAAAGGAAUGCUCUAUCACCAGCAGCAGCGCUUUGGAAAGAAAUGGAAGAAGGUAUGGGCCGAAGCUUUAGCUGACAGUAUGCACAGCAUCUCCUGUCUGGAGCUCUUCGAGUUCAGCAAGUCUUCGAUGAAGGAGAGUAAAAAACGUUCCGAUGGGAAGAAGGUGAUCUUGAUGAGGGAUUGUGUGAAAAUAAGAGAGCGAGAGGUUGAGGGAUGUCCAAAACAAUGCAGCACCUUCCUGCUCGAGACCACGGACAAGACGCACAUCUUCGCUUCUCCAACAUCAGAGCUGCACAGCUGGAUCUCAGAGCUGUGCAAGCUGGCAUUUCCUUUGAAUCAGGCUGAGUGUAGAUCACAGAAACAGGAUCAUCAUCAAGCUCUAGACAUGCAGGAGAACACACUGUAUGACACCGCCCCCAGUGUGCGGGAUUUCCUGGUAAUUGCCAUGUCUACAGAGGCAGCACUGCGGUGUAAGCUGUAUGGAGAAUACAUUCUCACACCACAGUCUGACUCUUUACUCCUUAAGGACUACCAAACAAAGCAGGUUCUGCUUACAUGGCCGUAUCGAUUCAUCAGGAAAUUUGGUCAAGACUUGCUGGCUUUUAACUUUGAAGCAGGUCGCAGAUGUGUGUCCGGCGAAGGCUACUUUGAAUUCGCCACGAAUCACAGUGAACAGCUCUUUGCAAUCAUCAGUGAUGCUCUCAAGAAAUUCCAAAACGUGGAACCAUCUAUAACGAGACCCAAAGAACAGCAGAUUCCCAACAAUUCCCAGCAAACCUACACGCCUCCAUCACAAGUGAAGCAUCCGAAAAAAAAACUGACCACGAGCUUUUCACUGAGCUCCAUCAGCUUGAGUGAAUGUGCCAGAAAAGAGAACAUCUGCAGCACUCCUUCUCUCCCAAGUAACAACCAAGAUCCAGUUUAUGCCAUGAUUACCAAACCGAAAUUACAUUCCAAGAACCAAAAAUUUAAUCCACUUCCUGACAUUGCUGCCUUCCCUGAGGACAUUUUCGGUGUCCUGGGUGAAAAAGAAGAAGAAGAAGAAGAAGCUGAAGAAGAUGAUCAGAAGAACCCAGAGCAAUUAGCCAUCCGUUGUAAAUUUAAAGACUUUAAAUCUGAACCAGUUUACUCAGAAGUGGACAUACAUGAUGAUUACAGGAGCACGGAUGAGACUGUUCAGAACAAACCACAUUCGCUGACCUCGGACCUCGAAGACUCUCAAGCUGUGGGUUUUCUAAAGGUUUCUAAUGACAUAUCCUACAUGAUGGAUGAAGAAAAGGAGCUGGAUCUGCCUCUGGAGCAAUUAUCCAUCCAUAACACACCUGAUGUCGACGAGGUUGAAAGCAUUUACGCGCAAGUACCAGACUAUUAUAACGAUUAUGACGACAACGAAGAGUUUGUGGACAUUGUAGAAGAUCCACAAUAUUUCUACCCACCCUGUAUAUCUGAUACAUAUCCCUCCAACUUUGAGGACUCUCAUGAUGAGGGAUUUUGCACCUAUGAUAAUUUACCCAAAAAACUAUAAUUUAUUCUUUGUUUUGUGUUGGUGCUUACAAACUUUCUAGAUGUAUUAAGCUCAUUUUUUAUUAUGUAUACAGACAAGUGAUAAAACGUCCCAAGUCCUGGUUAUUGUCUGGACAGCCAUGAUAAUCAUCUCCAGAUCUUUGAUGAUUGGCUACAUGUUCAGACCCUCGCUGAUGAGGUGGAGUGUUAAUGGUGGGAUUAUUGAUGAUUGCUCCAAAAUUAUGAUCCUAUUUUCUAGUUCUGUUGAAUGACUUGGUAUUGAAGUGGACUAAUGAUUGACUACAGAACUGAGCAUUGAUUACAGAAUUGUUAUAAUCACUUCGUAAACCCUAAUGAUGCGCCCGAGAGCGCUGAUCGUUGGUAUCAUCAAUUACAGAGCGCUCCAGAUAAUCAGGAUCUGUAACGAGUUUCAGCGCUUAUUUCCAGAUCCAUACUGAUUGACACCAGAAACUUGACUACACAAAAUUGACUACACAAAACUGAAGGGCUAAGGAUCCGAAUAGGAACUGUUGAACGACAUCUCCAGAUCCAUGAUGAUUAGAUUUUAAAGUGUUUUUAAUUUGCUGGAUAGAUUAGACUGACAGUGGGAUGAUGAUACGUGAGCAGAAAACUGUCACGUCAAUGACACAUUAUUCAUACAAUCAUUCCCUUCAGCAUUUUAUGGAUUUUUGUUUUAUUUUUAUUUAAUAAAAUAAAAAGCUUCAAAAUUUGUGCUUCGUUCUGCAGAAAACUAUUUAAAUUGGGGAAAUUGUAACUACACGGUGUCUUCUUUUAAACUCCUACCAUUGAAGACAUAUAAUUAUGCAAUACGAAUAUGAACUAGGGGGGCACGGUGGCUUAGUGGUUAUCACGUUCGCCUCACACCUCCAGGGUUGGGGGUUCGAUUCCCGCCUCCGCCUUGUGUGUGUGGAGUUUGCAUGUUCUCCCGGUGCCUCGGGGGUUUCCUCCAGGUACUCCGGUUUCCUCCCCCGGUCCAAAGACAUGCAUGGUAGGUUGAUUGGCAUCUCUGGAAAAUUGUCUGUAGUGUGUGAUUGCGUGAGUGAAUGAGAGUGUGUGUGUGCCCUGCGAUGGGUUGGCACUCCGUCCAGGGUGUAUCCUGCCUUGAUGCCCGAUGACACCUGAGAUAGGCACAGGCUCCCCGUGACCCAAGAAUAGCUCGGAUAAGCGGUAGAAAAUGAAUGAAUGAAUGAAUAUGAACUAUUUCAGUUCCCUCUGAAUAUCACAGUUUGCUUGAUUUUAUUUUAAUCUUUCAUAUUUGAUCAGAAAGUCAGAGAACCCUGGAGGGAUUAGUACAAGCUUGAGUGCAAAUCUAUGUACAACAAUUUCAAAACAAUUUGGAAAUGUUUUCCUAUUUGUAUAUGGUUGUACUAGUAUACAACCCAUGAAACUCUGGUUCACUGUUUCAUUGUUAUCUUAUUCUGUGUGAUGAGCUAUUUUUCAGGUCAUUUGUUAAAUUUAAAACAAUAAAAUAUACCCGGCCUCAGGUUAAUGGAUGAAUUUGGAUGUUUUUUUUUUAACAAGUUACUUUCAUAAGAUCUCCAUGUGCUUUCUAGGGCACCCUGUAGAGGGCAAUAUCUCUCUCCUGAUUUAUUACAGAGCAAUAAGUUCUGAAGUAAUUCAGGACACUGAAUGGUGCAUUUAGGGACUAAAUUACCACAGAAUGAUGCAUUAGACACGAUUCAGCAGAGACACAGACCACACAAAGUGGCUGUUAUUUUUCUGACUCGCCCACAAAUGGCUCUUUCCUGUAGUAAUAAAAAUAUAUAAAAGUCUUGA